AUGUCUGCUUUCCGCACCGCCCUCACAAUGCGCUCUGCCGCCUUCCCAGCUGUUCGACGCGCCGGAGUUGCCCCAUCGAGGUCGUUCCAGAGCUGCAGGGUUAUGGCUGCUGGCAAGGAGACCAAGGAAGGAAACGCAGAGCGCGCAGAGGAGAUUGAAAAGUCCAAGCAGCAGCAGCUCAAGGAUGGAAAGUGGACCGACAAGUUGGCGAGUGACAGUGAGAGCAGCGUCAAGGCAGACCGCGGCGAGUUUGGCAAGGGACAGUCCAUUGAGGAGAUGCAAAAAGAGACUGCGAAGGCGGCCAAGGAAGAGAAGCAGUAG